AGGUGGCCUUGAACUUCCGACAGCUUGGAAGUGGACGUGACGAGAGGAGAUUAUGGCGAAGGUAGUGAUAGGCUGCGAAGAAGAGAGAGUACAGUCUCUAACCAGCUCCAGGAGGGUAAGCGCCCCUUAUACGCCGUCGUUGUUUUUUUUAAAAAACUUUAUGGACUCGCUACUUCAAUGUCUUCACCAACGUCGGCGGCAAUCGGGAUGAUGAAGGAUUACCAGGUGCAGACGAUUGAUGAUGGAUUGAACGAGUUCCAUGUUGAAUUCGAAGGACCAAAAAACACUUUCUAUAAGGGAGGUGUAUGGAAGGUAAGGGUGACGUUUCCGAAUGAUUAUCCGUAUAAAUCUCCAUCUGUUGGCUUUAUUAACAGGAUCUACCACCCGAAUGUUGAUGAAAUGUCGGGUUCAAUCUGUUUAGAUGUCCUCAAUCAAAAAUGGAGCCCAAUGUACCAACUGCGAAAUGUGUUUGAUGACUUUCUCCCACAACUUCUUACAUAUCCGAACCCAUAUGAUCCACUGAAUAAAGAAGCUGCUGCACUGAUGAUACGCGAUCUUACUGCUUAUGAACAAAAAGUGAAAGAGCAUUGUCAGAGAUAUGCGAAGAAGCCGGAAGAUGUUGUUGCCAAAGAAGAGGAGAAAUCUAGCGAUGUGGAGCUGACUGAUGAUGAAUAUGACUCUGGUGACGACAAAGCUGCUCGUGAAGCUGAUCUCUGAUUGAAUGCAUUAUGCAGAAUCUGUCUUGGAAAACGAUGAGACAUUCAACUCCUGGAAAAUUAAACCCUAAAGAAAAUAGGGCCGGCAAAAACAUUAAACAUUCAUGCCCCUAUAUUUAGUUUCUAAAUUCUAUGAAGUUUCAGAUAAUUUGUUGCUUUAUAAAAGAUUGUUCACAGAUUGAUAUUUGUUCCCUGUUGAAAUUGGUUUUCGUUUUGUUGGAAA